AUGUCUCUGACAAGACCGAAACGUAAGGCCACAAUUAAUAAGUCUUAUAAUGAUGCCAUAGACGAGACUAUAUUUGACGAUAAUUCGUCGAAUAAUUUGAAUAGCUCAAGCAAUUCCAAAAAGAAACCUUUGAAAAAGUCAAAUACUCCUGAAGCAGGUCUCAAGAACGGGAACUCAAACGUUGUAAACCCAAAUCCAAAAGCAAUAUCGUAUAAUUGGCAGCCACCACCUAGUCCCGUUGACUAUUUUUCUUACAAAUUAGACUUAGAAGAUGCAUAUGUUGAUAUAGAAAACCAAACAUUAUUCUGUCCGAAUCAGCCUCCGAUUCCAACGUCAUACGAACAAAUAAGAAAACGAAAAUUGAAAGAGCCAUUUAAACUAACUAAAGGCGACUACAUAUACAUGAUCAGUGAACCUCCUGGCGAACCAUAUUAUAUUGGUCGUAUUAUGGGUUUCACCUCUAAGCAUGAUCGUCAUGUACAACAUCAUGACAGUGAACAAAAUUCUACUGGUAGUUCUACGAGUAGCCUGGAUUUUGAUGCACAAAUUAGCAAUAACCCACGUCAUGAAGAGGCAUCUGGUUAUGUAUUUCAAAUUCAAUGGUUCUAUAGACCCAGGGAUAUCUCAAAAUCUACAUCCGAUUCAAGACUUUUAUACGCAUCAAUGCACACAGAUACUUGCCCGUUGCAGAGCUUCAGAGGCUUGGUUACUGUUAGAUAUAAACAAGAUGUCGAAUUUGAAUUCAAUUAUUUAGCUAAUGACGCUUCCGAAAACAAUGGUAAAUCAUCGUCACCUGCACCAUUAAACGGUUUAGAAAUAUAUUCACAACAACCAAACUGUUUUUAUUUUGAUAAACUAUUUGACAGAUACAUGAUUAGAUUCUAUGACAUAUUACUGACUGCGAGCCUAUUAAGAACCAUAAAUAAUGACGAAAAUAAAAGUAAAAACUUUCUUACGGCAUUAAAUAAGAGGUUUGAAUAUAUAUUCGUCGAAAGCAAUAGAACUAAGUCUUUUGUCAACGGAUUCUCGUCAGAUUCUUGUAAUUGUGAAAUAUGUGGGCAGUGGUGUUCUGGUCAGGACUCUGUGACGUGUGCUGGUUGUGAGAAGCAUUAUCAUAUGUUCUGCCUUGAUCCACCCUUAUUACGGAAACCCAGUAGGGGGUUUUCAUGGUCCUGUGCUCCUUGUACAAAGAAACAUGAUCGUGAGCACCAAAGCAAAAAAAUGUUCAUGCUUUCUCAUGAUAACAAGCUGUCGAAUGAGAACGAACUUUCCAGACAAAUUAACGGAUUAAACUCACCGAAAUCUCCGCUUCACGAUCUGUCAGCUGAAACAGACGAGGAGGAUAUCAAGCCAAUCACUAAUUCAAUUUUACCAAAAUAUGAAUUAAUGGCAAUUGAAUUUUUGAAGAACGAUUCACAUUUAACGUUCAAGCAAAGAAGACUAAAGGAAGAAUGGUGCAUGCGCUAUUUAGGAAUGUAUGCUAGAUUAGAAGAUGGGGUAGAUCUCGAAGACAGGUCUCCUUAUCCUAGAGCAUCUACAAGAUUGGGAGCAAAACAUCAGGCAACGAAUAUUCCCGAGUUUUACGAUCAUCCAAUCGUCUACUACGAUUUGGAUAAGCAAUCAACUGUUAAUGGCACUACAAAAAAAAAAUCAACUGUUAAAAAGCCUGGCACUAAAUCAAAGAAAAAUGAUGUAACAGAUACAGUUAAGCUACCUAUUCCAGAUGAGCUUAAAGAUACUCUGCCUAAGGAAUAUCCACAAUGGCUACAGCCAAGACCAAAAGGAUAUAUUGAGCGUGGUGUAGAUGAUGGUGAGGGGGUGACUUGCUCAUUAAUGUGGAAACCAUUAAAUGAGGAUUACCAGGAUAAUUUCAAAAAUCUAGAUUCCUUUGUUGAAAAAUGCUCGCCAAUAGCGGAGAAAUUGAAUAUGUUAGCGACAUCACCAAAUUUUGUAGAUGGAGUUCUAAAAGCUUACUUGGACAACAAUGGAAAUACUGAUAAAGCAUACGAGGAAAUUUCUAAGCUAACCAGGAAAUCGCUAAGAGAACCGACACUUUCAAAAGAAGAAAUCAAGAGAUUUGAAGCUGGUGUUAAAAAAUAUGGUAGAAGAAUGCAUAAAAAAUUGCAGAGCAUCGUUAAAGAAGAGCACCCAUCUAAGACUGAGUCUAAAAACAGCCCUCUAACAAUUGAUUUCUUAGCAAAUCAUAACGACGAUUCAUCAUAUGAAACUGAAAAGAUUGUUAGCAAUAACUCUAAUUUUGCAUGCAAGCAUUGUCGAACACAUCAGUCUCUCCAAUGGUUUAGAAUUACAGGCUAUGAUGCUAACACAAAAUUUGAAAAAGGGACUCACGAAGAUCUUGAUAAAGAUUCAGUAAUAGGUUUAUGUUUCAGAUGUGCGAGGUUAUGGAGAAGGUAUGCAGUUGUAUGGGAAGACCCAACCGAAGUUGAAAAGAAGAGCAACAAACCUGUAGGGGGGUGGAAGAAAAAAGUUGAAUUUGAACUACUUCGAGAUUCCCAAAUGAUAUUAGAAGAGUCUGAAGCCCUUGGUGGGGGGUUAUCGUACGACAACAAGAAACCUUCAUCAAGUAUUAUUAAUGGAACUGCUUCUAAACCCAAGAAAUUGAUACCGAAAAAGAACACCUCUGGUAUAACUGAUGUCACAAAUAAUUCUGUUCUGAAAUUGAAAGCUUCAAAUAAAGAAGACAAUCCUACUAAAAAGCGAAAGAUUAGUUCUGUAUCAACUAAACCUACCACAAGUACCGUUUCUAAUACAAAGAAGACAAUUUCCACCAAAGCCAAGGCUACAACCAAACCAUCUAAGCCAACUAAUGUUAAAACAACUAAAGCAAAGAAAGAUCUACCUUCACACAAGGUUGCACAAGGUGCCACCAAGGCCAAAACAGAAAAGAAAGAAUUAAACAAGGAUACAGUUAAAGAAAAUACUGAAUCCAAUCCUCUGAAAGCCAAGCGUAAGAGAAGUCAGUCUUCACUUACAGAUGACUCAAAGCCAGAAAAGAAGCUUACUACCACAGUCAAAAAGGAACCUAUGCCAGGAGUCAUAUCAUCGGGCUCUACUGUGGCUCCUAACAAAAGGCAAAAGAAACAUGUUGAUCCAUCCUUAUCAAAUCGUAUAAUCAACCCACUAUUAAACAAUAAUUAUAUAGUAUCUUUGCCAAUUAAAAGGAUGAAAUUAGAUAAGAAGUCAACACCUGUUAUGACGAGUGAAAUAUUGAACAACGUUAUCAAAUCAUUUAGAGGCAAACAGCUCACAGAUCUUGGUACACAAUUACAAGCCUAUCCAAUUCCGAAUAAUGCAGUGGUUGAGCUUCCAUUUCUGCCUUUUGAUAGAAGAUGUUGUGUUUGUCUUGAAGACGACAAAAAUGACACCUCUAUACCAGAAAUGCUUAUCUGUUCAAAUUGUGGUGUCAAUGCACAUCUAUCUUGUACAGGUAUUUCGAUUCCUGAGCAGAUACCUAGACCAAUUAAACAAUGGUUAUGUGAGCCAUGUAUCAAUGAUCUAAAUCCGCAUUACUCCACUUUAUAUUCUUGUUGUUUAUGUCUAGCCAACGAAUCAAACUACGAGUUAUCCAUAUUGGGACAUCCUUCAGUUAAACCAGAUUACUUAAAACCAAUCUACGGCUCCGGAAGAUGGUGCCACUUGGUUUGUGCAUUAUUCAAUUCCGAUUUAGUUAAUUUCAGGCUGAUUCCGUCUACUGCUUUUAAUCUGAAAAGGUUAGUUAAAGAAGAAGUCAUAGACCAGUAUUCAAUCAUUGAAUCCAUUCAUAAUUUUACAGCAAUUGAAAGUGUCUCAGAAAUAUACUUACAGAAUUACACAUCAAAGUGUGGUAUAUGCAACACAUUGAACGGAUCUUUAAUUGCUUGUGAUGUCUGUAAGUUAACUAAUGAAGAUUCGAUGAAAUACCAUAUCACUUGUGCCCAAGAUACCCCAAAUUUUAAAUUAGGGUUCAAGCUAUGCUCUCAAAGACUCAAUGACAAAGACAAUAAACUUGUCAAGGUCGGUGAUGAAUACGGUAAAUUGCAACCUAUUUUACUAUGCCCCAUGCAUACAACUUCUUCAAUAAAGAUCCAUAGUAUGAGAACUUUGGGUAAUAGAGUUUAUGGUAUUAGUAGAGAUGAGCUUAAACCUAUUAUUCAAAUCUACUUGGAAGAUCUAGUAAAAAGCAAUAAUACAAGUAAUAAGUUAACUGGACCUCAGUUGAAGUCUAAUAUUUAUAUUAAAAUGAUAAAAGCAUAUGAGGAACAAGAGAAGAAUCAGAAACUGAAAAAUAAUUAUUUGAAAUUGUUAAAUCUGUCGAAUAUUAUAAAUGUGAAGCCUAAAGACGUCAAAUCUUGUGGAAGAUGUAAAACGACUGCUUCUCCUAUGUGGUGGAUACAAAAAGAUGGUAAUCAAAGCAAUUUUAAUGAAAUGCGUGAUUCUCCGAACCAAAAGUUUCUUUGUCAAACUUGUUAUCAUAUAAAAGAUGAGGAUAAAGAAUCAACUCCAGAACGUGAAAGCCAGCCCUUAUUUGAUUUACUUGAUGAACCAUUGGAUGGAGAAUUGUAUGGAUUACAAAAUAAUGAAGAUAAAUUAUCGGAUAUUUAUCCAAAAGAUACGAAACACGAACUGGAGCUGGUUACCUCUUCUGAAAUUACAAGGUCAAAAAUAUCAAUAGGUGAUAUAUUAAGUUAA